AUUCAACGCAGAGAGAGAGAGAGAGAGAGAGAAGGGUGGGUGUUUUUUUAUUUUGGAAGAUCGGUCGCUGUUUCCAGUCCACAUGAAGAAAAGAAAAGGAAAGGAAAGAGCUUUUUAAAAAUUUUGGGCUGUAAACGAAAUCCAAAAGCCAUGUCUUUGGGAAUAUUCUUCCGGGUUAGCAAUAACCACCAUCUCACUCACGAGUGGUCGUCUGGUCUGGCUCUGGCUCAAGCUCCCUUCGCCUGGCAUUUCUCGGGGGGAAAGGCUGCCCAAAUCGGUGAAAGAGUGGGAUCCAGAAGAAGAAGAAGAUGUGGUGCCUCUCUUGCCUCAAACCCUCUACUUCUGAGGAUCCUUUUGAAGCAGAAAUUGAUCUUGCCUUAGCAGUUUCACGGGAAGAAGCUGACAUUCAAGAAGCUAAACAGCUUGCUUCCGCCCUUCAAGAAUCUUCUCGUCUCCAAAAAAAACAUGAGGAUGAGCAAAAAAAGCGUACCACAGAGUUAGAGAAGGAUGCGCAGAUAGCCCGUGCUUUUCAAUAUGAUGAAAGAGAUAAUAACUCUGCAUUGGAAGACGAAAAACAUGAGCAGCCUGCUAAGAUUGCUGCGGAGAGUUUUCAAGAUAAAGGCAAAAUAAAACAGUUUGAAGAGCAAGUGAAGAAUGAUGAACAGGUAGCACAAGAUCUUCAAAACCGCUUCAACAAGAUGGCAUAUGAGGAAAGUUUAGGGCUGCAUGUGCUGGACGACAAAGAUGAGCAUCUUGCUAAAACCGCUAAGAGCUCAAAGGAGAAACGCAAAAGCAAACAGUUUGAAGAACAAGUGAAGAGUGAUGAACAGGUAGCGCAAGAUCUCCAAAACCUCUUGAGUGAGAUGCCAUACAAAGAGAGUGCGAGGCUGCAUGAUAACUCUGUGUUGGGCAAUGAAGAUGAGCAGUUUCCUAAGACCGUUGGGAGGAGUUUAAAAGUGAAAGGUAAAGAAAAGAUACUUGAAGAUGAACAAGUGAAGAAGGAUGAAGAACUUGCUGCGAGAGUUCAUGAGCGUCUAAACAUGCAUGUGAACAAGGAUGAAGAGCUUGCUCUGGUUCUCCAGGAGAGUCUGAACAUGGUAGAGCCUCCUCCUCGUCCUCGGAUUGAAGAACAUAAAAGUAUUCCUCGUAGAGCUGCGUUGGAUAGAGAAGAGCAGCUUGCUAAGGAGAGGUCAAAAGAGAAAGGCAAAGGAAAGCAAAUUGAAGAUGAACAAGUGAAGAAGGAUGAACAACUUGCUGUGAUUGUUCAGGAGAGUCUGAACAUGGUAGAGCCUCCUGAAGAAAAGAGCAACAUUUCCUCCUCUAGAGCUCCGAUGGAUGAAGAUGAGCAGCGGAUUAUUUGGGAGAGUUUGAAGGGGAAGGGUCUAAUAACUCAAUCCGAAGAUGAGGUGGAAGAUGUUGGAAAGCUCGUAGAGGCGAAUCCUCCUCCUCCUCGGUGUGGUGGUUGUUACUAUGAGAUUGAACACGAAAGGUCUGUGGAUGUCUUGGGUGUUCUUUGGCAUCCUAAAUGUUUAAUAUGUGGUGCUUGCCACAAUCCAAUUGCUAUCCACGAGGUUGAAACCCAUGUCUCAAACCUAAGAGGCAAGUUUCACAAAAACUGCUAUCGCCGUUACUGCUAUGUCUGCCAAGAGAAAGUGAAGAUUAGAAUGUUUAAUGAACAUCCUUUUUGGAAGGAGAGAUACUGCCCUGAUCAUGAUUCUGAUGGAACUCACAAGUGUUUCAGUUGCGAGAGGUUAGAGCCUAGGGAAACAAACUUUGUGGAGCUUGAUGAUGGUAGGCGGUUAUGUCUAGAAUGUAUGGACUCAGCGGUUAUGGAUACUUACGAAGUCCAGCCUCUGCACUUUGAAAUCCGUGAAUUCUUCGAAGGCUUAAACAUGAAAAUCGAGAGAGAAUUUCCUUUUCUUUUGGUGGAGAAACAAGCACUGAAUAAGGCCGAGGAGGAAGAGAAGAUUGACAAUCAGGAUGGUGUGGUAACCCGAGGCAUUUGCCUGUCUGAAGAGCAGAUUGUCACAAGUGUGUCAAAAGGGCCAAAGUUGGGGCCGAACAAGCAGCUAAUAGGGAAGACCACGGAAUCUCAAAAGGUUGUGAGUGGAUGCCCGGUCACUGCAAUUCUCAUCUUAUAUGGACUUCCUAGGUUGCUAACAGGAUAUAUCUUGGCUCACGAGAUGAUGCAUGCUUAUCUUAGACUCAAUGGAUGUAGGAAUCUGAACACCGUUAUGGAAGAAGGAAUAUGCCAAGUGCUAGGCCACAUGUGGUUGGAGACUCAGACAUACGCCACUAUUGAUGCUGCAGCUUCAUCAUCAUCAUCAGCAGCAGCAGCAGAAUCUUCUUCUUCUUCUUCGAGGACUCCUAGUGAAGCAAAUGCGGGAAAGAAAGGGGAGUGGUCAGAGUUCGAGAAGAAGCUGGUGGAGUUUUGCAAGAAUCAGAUAGAGACAGAUGAAUCAGCAGCGUAUGGUGAUGGGUUUAGGAAAGUUGACCAUAUGGUGACAAACUCCAGCCUCAAGGAUACCCUCAAAGAGAUUCUUCGCCGGGGUUGAAGAAGACGACGGAUGAUCCAAGCUUUAAAGUUCUGUAUCAGCAGCCAUUUUCUUUUUCAUCAUGGCUUUUUGUUUUUUCAAUAAAGCUUGUGUGAGUGUGCAAACAGUUUCUUUUUUUUCCCUUUCCUUAAGCAGCUGUAUCCUCCUCGGAUUCAAUUCUUCCGGUGGAUUUAAAAAUCAUUUUUCGUCA